AUGCGUUUCUCCGCUGUCGCCGUUGCCGCUCUCGCCACCCAGGCCGCCGCCUGGAGAGGCCAAGGCCCCCCGUCCGGCUCCUACUGGGGCUGGGGUAACACCGGCGUCGAGGCCAGCAAGGCCGCCGACGACUGCUCCGGCGCCGAGGUGACCUCCACCUCCACCAUCACUCUCCCCGCCGCGACCGCCCCUCCCGCCGCCACCUCCGCCGCCCCGGUCGUGACCCCCUCCGCCGCCGCCCCCGUCGAGGAGGCCGUCAGCACCACCUCCGCUGCCCCGGCCGCCACCACCGCUGCCUCCAGCGGCACCUCCGGCCUCACCUCGGACCAGCAGGCCGCCCUCGAUGCCCACAACGCCGCCCGCUCCGACGUCGGCGUCCCGGCCCUCGAGUGGGAUGCCACCCUCGCCGCCAACGCCCAGGAGUGGGCCACCCACCUCCUCUCCGUCGGCUCCCUGACCCACUCCCAGGUCUCUGACCAGGGCGAGAACCUGUACAUGCAGUCCAACACCGACAGCCCCUACAUCAACGCCGCCAACGCCUGGAUUGCCGAGAAGUCUUCCUACAACGGCGAGACCAUCUCCGAGUCCAACUACAUGGGCUUCGGUCACUACACUCAGAUCGUCUGGAAGAGCACCACCAAGGUCGGUCUGGCUGUUGCCACCAACUCCCAGGGCACCUACGUCGUCGCCCGCUACUCGCCCCCUGGCAACUACAUCGGCGAGAAGCCCUACUAA